UAGUGAUACCGAGCGGCGAGCGCGAGCUCAAGAGCUUAGUCAUGAGCAGCCCUUGUGUUUGGGGACAAAGACAGCCGCUCGCCUGCUGGAUAUAAGGGCAGAGUCCGGGCCCGUGGUUAACUAAUAGUGGAUUAACACCGUCCGCGUUUAUUUUCUGGCCUCUACUUAACACUGUCAACGCGGUUUUGUAAAAGAGAGGCGCUAGCUUAGCUCGCUAGCUGUGUGCUUGUGUGUGUGCGGGUUUAAAGGUCCGGUUCGGGUUUGGUACGGAACUGUCGCUAAACUGGCGAGGUGACCAAGGAUGAAUCGGUUCCGAAAGUGGCUUUAUAAGCCAAAGAGGUCAGAUCCACAGCUGCUGGCCCAGUUCUACUAUGCAGAUGAAGAGCUGAACCAAGUGGCCACUGAGCUGGACAGUCUGGACGGCAGGAAGGACCCUCAGAGGUGUACAUUGCUGGUCAACCAGUUCCGCUCCUGCCAGGACAAUGUGUUAAACAUCAUAAAUCAGAUCAUGGAUGAAUGCAUUCCCGAAGACCGAGCCAACAGAGACUUUUGUGUGAAAUUCCCAGAAGAGAUCCGCCAUGACAACCUCGCCGGGCAGCUGUGGUUUGGGGCCGAGUGCCUGGCAGCAGGAUCGAUCAUUAUGAAUCGUGAAAUCGAGAGCAUGGCCAUGAGACCGCUAGCUAAAGACCUCACCCGUAGCCUGGAGGAAAUACGCAACAUCACACGAGACCAAGCGCUACGAGAUCUCAACAACUACACCGACCGCAUGAAGGAGGCGCUACGUCAGUUUGACAGCCUCUUCGCCGAGUUUGAGCUCAGCUACGUGUCAGCCAUGGUGCCUGUGAAGUCUCCUAAAGAGUAUUACAUCCAGCAGGAGGUGAUGGUGCUCUUCUGUGAGACAGUUGAAAGGGCCCUAAAGCUUGAUUAUCUCACACAAGACAUGAUUGAUGACUACGAACCAGCUCUUAUGUUUACAAUCCCUAGACUUGCCAUUGUUUGUGGCCUUGUUAUCUACUCUGAAGGGCCUCUUAACCUCGACCGCAAACCAGAGGACAUGUCUGAACUCUUCCGGCCUUUUCGUACGUUGCUGAGAAAAAUAAGGGACCUGCUGCAGACUUUAACAGGAGAAGAGCUCAUGACACUGGAGCGCAGCCUCUGCAUCUCCCAGGAUGGAGAAUUCCCUGCAGGCUCCAGUAUCCCGUCGACCAAUGACCCAGCCUCUUCCACUGGUCCUGAGAGCCAUCUGGAAACACUGGAACAGGAUGACAGAGAUGAGGAGGUGGUAGAUCUCGCGCUUUGUGUAGCCCAGAAAGAAGAUUCUGUAUGGGAUGAGGAGAGGAAGGGGCAGCCCGAGACGUCCAGUGAGUGUGAAGAGGAGGACGCCACCGAUGCAGACCUGGCUUGCUCUGUGCAGUAUGAUGAAGAAGAGAUCGAGCAACUUAAUAUGAUGGUGCAUCAAGUAGGGGACGAAAUGUCUACGCUGCUUUCCCCUCCAAGUCAGAAUCAGUCCCCAGCCCACCGGCCUCGGCCCUAUAGGGGAAGUAGUCUUGAAGGCUCCAGUGCUGCCUCCAGCACUCAGGCAUCUCCACGGAGAGUCCCGGGAUCCUACCACGAUGAUGAAAGGGUGUUUCUUAUGGAUGACCUGGAGUCUGGUGCCGAGCUGUGCCACGGACAGCCUACUCUUCCUACUGUAUGCCUCAGAUCCCCUGAGCACAGUCGUCCCGCCCCUUUGACUGACUCCUCAUGUAACGGUUGGUUGACGGUCUGUCAAUCAAGCAAUGACACUAAUCUGGGUUCCCAGUGCCAAUCAGCUGAACCUGUGGGGAACUCCGAAAGGUCAGUCAUCGUGAACAGCUGGGAAGGAUCUCAGGAAGAGGAUAGCGUACAGACUGCGGAUGAAAUUGCCAAUCGGACCGGUGGAAUGAAGUUGUCCGCCACAGUUAUUUUUAACCCUCAUUCUCCAAGCUUGACUGACUUGGCCGUCGUCGUACCUCAAUUGGUUGACGUUCCAGAACCCGGUGAGGGCGGGGCUUUAGUUGCCACUCAGUGCCUGCUUAACUCCUGCGUGUGCUGCACUGGCGGAUGCGUAGACAACCAUGAGGAUGCCAUGGAGCCUGCUGGACGGGGCAUGACACUGGGAUUUGAAAAGCACAAGCUCACAAUAACAAGCUCUGUAUUCCAAUCAGCAGUAGCCGCUGGCAGCCCAGGGAAGGGAAAUGGACAUUUACCACUCACUCUGCCCCCGUCUCAGGGCCACCUCACCCCUUCUGUACCACACUGUUCGGUGCAGAACCAAGCGAGAGAAGAUGAGGGCACUCAGGACUGUUCCCACUAUCCCUGCUGUGAGAAAUGCGCCCCAGGGGUUCUUCUGACUCAGGAAAGAGGCUCAGGACAAGGAGAGGGAGGACCUAGUUGCACCCACCAGGAGACAGGAUGCCAGACGCAACCUAACACUACGAUUAAAGGGAGAUCGGAAGGUUUUGGAAAACAGCCAAAGGAGGAUAACAGAAAGAUCUCUAGCAGUUCUCAGGAGUCCCUUCUCAGUUCUGUCCCCAGCAGUGACAUAGAUGGUGUUUCUGUCACUACAUGCAGUUUGUCAAGUUCAUACACACCCAGCCUGACCACCAGCUCGGACAUGUCUGAGGAUCUGGAUCAUCAGGAGAUUCAAAUGGCGCUGCAAGCUGCCAAACUUGCUGCUCACAACAAAAUUCGCUCACGUUUCCACAGCAGCAGUGACCUCAUCCAUCGCCUCUUUGUCUGCAUAUCAGGUGUGGCUGAUCAGUUGCAAACAAACUAUGCGAGUGACCUGCGAAGCAUCUUAAAGACUCUGUUUGAGGUGAUGGCUACAAAAUCCGACCAAGGGGACCAUGAAAAGCCCAAGAAAGGUCCGUGUCUGGGCAGCGCUGUACUGGAGGACUGUGCUCUCUGUCAAGAGACCAUCUCUUCAUCAGAGCUCGCUGCCAAAGCCCGAGAGGGUCAGUUUGAAGAUCCUCCAGAAUGGGUACCAGAUGAGGCCUGCAAUUCCUGCAUUGCAUGUAAAGCACCAUUUACAGUCAUCAGAAGGAAACAUCACUGCAGGAGCUGUGGAAAGAUCUUCUGUUCCCGCUGCUCAUCACACACAGCCCCGUUGCCUAGAUACGGUCAGAUGAAACCUGUGAGAGUCUGCACUCACUGCUACAUGUUCCACGUAACGCCUUUCUACAGCGACAGGACGGGUAUCUGACCACAGCGCUCUCUCUCUCACAUAAGCACACUACCACGAGUCUUACUGAGGUUUGAGACUGCAACGAGAACACACACACACACACACCAUUUUCAUCAUCAUCAUCAUCCAAAAAAUGUAAAUAAUGCAAUCACUUCCAAGUGCAAGAAACAGCCUUGACCAGGGAACGGUGAGGAGGACUAUAACUGGACGCUUUGGAAAGACUCGAGCACAUAAAGGAAGUACCCCUUCUCUGUGGGAGCCAAAGUAUUUAUGUAGGGCUUUGCUUUCGAAUAAUGAGCUUACUUACAAAUUUGCUUUAAUCGAGCACGGAACAAGUGGGCUAUUCAGUAAAACAGAACAAAAUAGCUUGUUAACAGGAUUUUGUGUGGCUUUAUUAGCACCGGAGGUUCUAUGGGCUCAGAUUUCCAGAGUGAUUGUAAACCGUGAGCACAUUAUUAAUAUAACCAUAACAAAACUAUGACAUCAUAUAUGAAGGUAAUAAUGCUAACACUAACUGCACCAUCAACGACACCUUUGUGGCACAAUAUAGCACAGAUGGGUUUUUCUCUCUCCAAAUGUUUAUAAUGCUGCUUUCUGUAAGACAGAGAAGUGAUAUUUGGGGAUUAGAUGAAUGGCCAAAAAUAGAUAUGUGUAUAGUUUGAAAUGGAUUUAAUGUAUCUUCCAAAAGAGGAGAUUCUCUCAUUUCCUCAUGCAAAUGAAUGUGCAACAUUUAGAUCUUCUUUUCUUUAUUUUUGUUUGUAACUUAUACUGAACUGUAAAGUAAUUGCCUUUUACAGCAGUUUGGGAGAUUUCUGAUUUCCCUCUGGUACAAAAGAGCCCCUACCUCAUCCCCGUUUACCCCAUGACACGGCUCCGUCCCGUUACAUUAUGCCUACACUACUGUCUCAGUCAGUCUUGACUGUGCUACACUAAGAGGCAGAUGCCUUUAUUUGUCUUUGCACAAUUUUGUUUUAUAUAUAGUGAUCAACCACUACAUUCUGUCUGUAAAUGUAGAAAGUUUGAUUAUACCUGUCAAGAGUCAUAUUUUGCUGCAAAAUAAGAAAUUCAAAAAAAUGUAUUUUAAUAUUUCAUAAAGAAAAUGUAUCCUUUUUUUAGGAUUAUUAUAUAAUAUAAAUUCUGCAUUAGUAUUAGGAUAAUUAAGCACCCUCGCAAAUAAAUUCAUAUUUUAUUUUACAUUUUGAAGGAUCUUUACGGUAUACUUGUGCUGAAUUUAAUUGAUCCUACUUUGAUUUAGAAAGAAAAAUAAUAAUCAGCCUGAAAUUAGCUUCAUUUUCUUUAUGCAAAAUAUUGAAUUUGUGGUAAAAUAUGACUUGGAAACUAACCUUUGACAUUUUCCAAUGUAAGAAUGAAAGCUGAUCUUCUGUUGGUUUCAGAUGUCAGUAUAAUCAGAAAAUAAGCUUUAGUUAACUGCAAAACAUCUGCUUUUGUAACAUCGUCACCUUCCAGUAAUCAAACAGGCAAGAUUUGAAAUUGCUAUCGAUUUGAGCAAGAGCUGUGUAAAUGCACUAGGUUUUGCAGUCGAAAUCGUCUGAAAUUGAGCACAUGAUAUUGUGCUUCAAAACGGCUUUGCCCAAAACACUUGAUAUGAAAUGUAAUAUUACAAACACUACUGGCUGGCAUAAAAUGCACUUUGUAUAGUAAAUAGAGGAGAAUUAAAAAAAUUAGCUACAGCUGGCAAACAAUGGCACAUUUGAUGAUUCAUCAAGUGUAAUGAUCUCAAGUCAUUUUACAGUAAUAUUAAACCUGAUUUCAGACGUUAACUACAAACAUAAUUGUUUCUGAGAUCUUACAUAAGUGUUUAAACAUUCUCUGAAAAUACUGUUUUCCAACUCUAAAAAUCGGAUUGACACUGAAAUAGUAAUUUAUCAUUCAUCAUUUGUGUUAUUUAUCAGUUCCGAACACAUUCCUUUUUGCCAAAGUUGUAAGUGUAAAUCAUUGGCUUUACUUAUAACAGGUUUCUAGUAAGGUAAAGGUCUAAUAUGUUUGCAUGCAUCUUGUGAAGCAACAUAGAUUGAUUGAUCUGAGUGUGACCGGUUCUAGCAAUAUUGUAAGACACACACACACACUUGAGGCAGUUUGAUUCUGCUGGUUGAUGGUUAAUACGUUCCCUCUUUCUGUCUCAUUACCUAAAUCUCCUCAUUCCUGUUCUCGCAUCUACUGCUGCAUUUCCAGGACAUUCACAACAGAUAUAAAGCUUUAAAACAUACUGUAACUCUGCAAAGCAAACUGAGAUUUUUGUGUUCCAAUAUAUUUGCAUUAAACCUAUUUAAAGGUUUAUGUUGAUGAAUGGCAGGGUACAGUACAUUUGGUUUACUUUGGCAUAGUUUGCAGUUAAUUUGAUUCCCUCCAGAUUUCCUACUCUGACCACAGUUGGUUGUUAUAAUAAGAUUGCUUUGGCUUUGUUCAUCUGUAGUCAGCUGACCUGAUUCUAGGACCUUCAGUAUUGGGAUAAAGGUCUACACCUGACACUGACACACUAUGCCACCAAAAAUACUGCAGAUAUAGCAUUAGGAUCACGACUGGGUAGAUAUGAUAUAGUGUUAUAUACAGAUAUUCAUUGUUAUUUAGCGUUACGAUCAAGUAGACAUUUGCCAAAUGGAUCAAAUCUGUCAUUUUUGUGGUUGCUUCCUGUUUUGAUAUCAUGACUGUUCCUCAGGAUUGAUUGAUUGUACAUCGACAUGAUACCGAGGGAUUGAUUGUAUUUUGGUUUGAAGUGAGACCAAAUGUCCAGCACUUCCUCAGACGGCAGACUCAACUUCCAGCCGGUUGUGUUGAUAAGCUCAGUUUCUGAUUUGUGCCCUCUUACAAUUCUCAUUCUUUCCUUUUUUUUGCCUUGUUUUUAUGUAUUAAUUGAAAAAAAGAAAAUUAUACAGAGGUUUUAUUUUACAGAGUACAAAAAUAAUGAAAUUGUAUGUGUACAAAAUUCCUUCUUCUGUAUAAAGAGAAUCACAAUGAGAGAAUUUACUCUAUUUAUUCAAAGCUUGUUCUUAUUUUGUAAUGGCCGGUUCAGUCUAAUAAGAUGUAAAGAAGAACUUUACGAAGUCUACAAAGUAUUUAUGUCAUGCAAUGAAAGUAAUAAAGUUUUCUUUACAGAAA